CUCUGGGGCGCCGCCAUGAAUACCCACGACGACCAUGACCUGUUGGACGACGACUCGGACUCGAUCAAGUCGACCAAGUACCGCUUAGAUCAGACGGGGAAGAACGAGAAUGCGCGGCGGCGCGCGGUGCAGAAGCUCGGGAGCGAGGACAUCGCGAAUGAGUAUUCGGAGAAGUUCAACGCGCUCAGUCGCAGCAUCAAGGACCCCGAGUUUGUCGUUGCGGACGAGAUGAUCAAAGACCUGUUGAUGAAGGACUUUUCGCAGAAUGAGAUACGUCAGCUCCUGCAUGUGGGUUGUGGCCGCAUCAUUCGUGUCGAAAAGGAGUACAAGCUCGGCAUCAAGCCGACUGCGGAAGAGGUCGCGGCGAAGGAAGCAACCCGGACUGCGCCAUGGGGCGGCAAGAAGGCCAAGGAAAAGCGCGCGCGCACCACGACAUCUGCGUUGGAGGCGCAGUACUCCCGUCUCGAAGUGCUCAACAUGAAGUCGCUCAAGUCGCUCCAUCUCAUGCUGCGCGAUCGCCGCACGCCGCACGCGCAGUUCAAGCACUUUGCCGACCGGCUCAUGCGCAUCUUGGCAGAGGAAUCCCUGGCGUCCUGCGCCAUGGAGUACGCGACGGUGUGGACGCCCACCGGCGCCGAGUACUCUGGCAUGGUGCCUACCAACAAUGUGUGCGCGGUGUCCAUAAUUCGAGCGGGAGAUGCUUUGCUUGAUGCAGUGCUGCAUUGCGUGCCGAGCAUCGCCGUGGGCAAAAUCCUCAUCCAGCGAAACGAAAACACGAUUGAAAAGUCGCCCAUCUUGUUCUACUCCAAGCUCCCGCCGCGGAUUGCCGGGUAUGGGCGCGUGCUGCUGGUGGACCCCAUGUUGGCGACAGGCGGAAGUGCCAAGCUCGCGAUUCAGACAUUGAUCAAUGCGGGCGUGGAAGAGCAGAACAUUGUGUUUGCGAAUGUCGUGGCGUGCCCCCAUGGCAUCCACGCCGUGUUCGAGGAAUUCCCCCAUAUCAAGAUCAUCACGAGCGCUUUGGAUCCAGAUCUGAACGAGUACAAGUACAUCGUACCAGGCUUGGGCGACUAUGGAGACCGGUAUUAUAACACGCUUCUUUAAGGCU